GAUUUCCGUUCAGUUAAAGCUCAUCUGUCGCACGGUGUUCAUCUGCGGACUGAAAUUGGCGUGAGGAAAGUUCUUGUCGCGAGCUGACGAUGACAUGAUGUGAGAGUGUCAAGUGGCUUUUUGUGAAAAUUUGAGGUGAAAAUGAUUGUUGCGGACAAACGCCGUCUUGAAGUUUGCAUGUUCAUUUUGUACUCGAAGAAGCAAAUUACUCCCAAGAACACUGGCUAAUGAGAAAAUGUAGAUGAAUUGUUCUGAAUAUCCACCUGAUAUUUGAUAAGGAUAAAAUGGAAACACUCUUCACGGGUCACAUGCAUGGUUUUCCACCUACGACCACAAAUUUGUCCGUGGCGGCGAUGGGAGCAUCGUGGGGCGCCCAGGGUGGCCUCAUGGCACUCGGCGUCGUUCUUGGGAGCUCCAUAAGUCUCGUUGGACUGGCAUUUGCCUUCAUCACAUAUAGCCUAUUCUCCGAUCUCACUUCCCUGGCGGGAACGUCUCUGCUGAGCUUUCUGUCAUCUCUAUUUAUGGGACAACUUUUGUUCGUAAUUGGUGUCGGUGGUGUUCAGGAUGCCGAACUGUGUCUGUCGCUCUCCCUGGCGCUCCUCUACAUGGAACUCGCCUCUCUGUGCUGGCUGUGUUGCUGUUGUCAUCACGCACUUAACGUUUUUCGCCAAAAUGCGAAUUUAAUACCACGGCCGGAACCCCAGAUGGGAAAAGCUUUGGCACAUUACAGUUUGCUCGCGUGGGGAUUCCCUCUGGCGAUGGUGGCCGUGGCGGCAGCCUUCAAGUACAAGGAGCGCGAUGCUCGCCUGGCUGGUCGACAUGCACACGAACACGCGCCAUCCUCGCAUUGCUGGCUCAUGGACGGAUCCGCCUACAAGUGGGGCUUCCUCGCGCCCGCCGUCAUCCUCCUGCUGUGUGGCUUCUGGCUGGCUAUCCAGGGCGGCGGCACGGUCAAACUGACCGCCAGCCUGCAAAUUGACUCACGCGCACGUAAUAAAAUGAUAAAACGCCGCGGAUUGCAGAUUGGAUUGUUCCUGAAGCUGCUGAUUUUGUUGUCAUUUGUUAUAAUUCUGGGCGCCCUCGCCUCCCUCUGGGCCAUACCAGAGUUAUGGACUCUCUACAGCAUCGCUCAGGGUGCUCAGGGAAUCGUGACUUCCGUCCUGGUGACGUGCAAUUGCCGUGUUUUGAAAUUGUACACCGCACCGCGUAGUCAUAGGAAUCGCAAGGGACAAUACAGAAGUCUUCGAGAUGGUGACGGUGGCCGCUACGGCGUGCUGUCAGUGACGAAUCCCAAUUACGAGGAGGCUCACGGCCUGGGCACGGACAGCGAGAUGGAGGACAGCGGGACACUAAUCAAGAUGUCCUACAAGGAGGAUCUCUUCACUGAGCGAUGCGAAACAAAGGAACCGGCGCUGGAGAUGCCGGCAAACGGAGAGCUUUCUGGUGCUCUUGACAUUUCAGAACUGGCCAAAGAUCCACCACCGCAGGCUGUAUAGACGUUCUCCACCCAUGACAGCAUCCUUUCCUUCCUUCCUUCCUCUCUGCCGAUUGCAUUGUACAUCAAACUAAGCGUGAGAGCAUAAAUAAUGCAAUUAUCGUGUACAAUAUGUUGAUUUGCUUAUCACUUCUGUAUCAUAUCAAAAUUGUAAUAUCAACUUGAGGAACUUUAAUGAUGAUAUCUGGUGAAAUGACUUUUUAGGGGCGCUACCAAGAGAUGGAUGAAACGUUAUAUUUGCUGAAAUAAAGUGAAUUUAAAAAUGUUUCUAUAAAAAACAGUUACACUCUGCACAACGUGUU